AUGGUCAAAGUCGAGCAUGCACACGACAAGGCCCUGUCUGCCACGGUCGAGCCUGGCAACCGCUUCGGCUCGGAAGCCUCGACGGACGCAGAGAAGCACGAGAAGCCGGUGAGCUCGGUCGAGUGGGGAGGCAGCAGCGACGACUCAUCGUCGGGCCACGGCUGCGGGCCCGGGUUCGCGCGGGCGGGCCAACCCCUGUCGAGGAGCGUGUCGGAAGUGAGGGACGGGAUCCAGAACCAGCGAGACCCGGAACUCGCCAGGGACGAGGGCCCGGAUCGCGUCGAUGCCGAUCUGGUGCAGUGGGAUGGGCCGAGUGACCCCGAGAAUCCAAAGUGCUGGCCCAUCAAGAGGAAGUGGGCAGCCGUCUUCUGUGUCUCUCUUUUCACCCUCAUUUCCCCCAUGGCGUCUUCCAUGGUGGCGCCCGACCUCGAAGCCAUCGGGCGAGACCUCGACAUCACCAGCGAGCUGAAACAGGCGCUCGUCCUGUCCAUCUUCGUGGCCGCCUUUGCCCUGGGCCCGCUGCUUUGGGGCCCGCUUUCGGAGCUGUACGGGCGCGUCAUCAUCAUCCAGACGUCUAACGUCGUCUUCCUCCUCUUCAACCUGGGGUGCGGCCUGGCGCGCACCGGGAGCCAGAUGAUUGCCUUCCGCUUCCUGGCCGGCAUCGGCGGGUCGGCGCCGCUGGCCAUUGGCGGCGGGCUGCUGAGCGACCUCUUCGCCGCCGAGGAGCGCGGCCGGGCCAUCAGCGUCUACUCGCUCAUGCCGCUGCUGGGGCCGGCCGUCGGGCCCAUAGCCGGCGGCUGGAUCGCCGAGCGGACGAGCUGGCGCUGGGUGUUUUACAGCACCACCAUUGCCUGCGGCGUCAUCCAAGCGGCCGGCCUCUUGUUCCUGCAGGAGACGUAUGCGCCCGUGCUGCUGCAUCGCAAGAAGAGGCUGCUGAUGAAGGAGACGGGCAACGCGGCGCUCCGGACUGAGUACGACGACGACGACGAGGGCGGCGGCGGCAGCCACCGGACGCUGGCGCGGACGCUGGCUGUGGCGCUGACGAGGCCGUUCCGCCUGCUCGCGACGCAGCCCAUUGUCCAGAUGCUGUCGCUGUACAUGAUGUACUUGUACGGCAUGCUCUACCUUGUGCUGUCGACGUUCCCGGCGCUGUGGGCGACCAAGUACCACGAGUCGACGGGCAUCCAGGGCCUCAACUACAUCUCGCUCGGCAUCGGCUUCUUCCUCGGCGCCCAGGUGUGCGCCCCGCUGCAGGACCGCAUCUACGUCGCCCUCAAGCGGCGCUACGUGCCCGACGGCGGACCGGGGCGGCCCGAGUUCCGCGUGCCCAUGAUGGUGCCCGGCGCCGUCCUCGUCCCCGCCGGCCUGCUCAUCUACUCGUGGACGGCCGAGGCGGGCACACACUGGAUCGGCCCCAACGUCGGCGCCGCCCUCUACGCUGCCGGCACCAUCAUCGGCUUCCAGUGCGUCCAGGGCUACAUCGUCGACUCGUACACCCGCUACGCCGCCAGCGCCGUCGGCGCAAUCACCGUCCUCCGCAGCCUCGCCGGCUUUGGCUUCCCCCUCUUCGCCCCGGCCAUGUACGCCGCCCUCGGCUACGGCAGGGGCGGCACCGUGCUGGCCGCCUGCGCCGUCGCCGUCGGCUGGCCGAGUCCGCUGCUGCUGUGGGUGUACGGGGCCAGGCUGAGGGCCAAGAGCAAGUUUAGCGCCUGA